CCCUUUUCUGACGGGAAGGAAACGUCGUGUCUUGAUCUACAUAUGCUUUCCUGUCGUACUUGAUAUUCUGUGAAAUAUUAGUUAAAACUAGUGACAAUUAUACUUGUUAGGCGUCCAGUAAAAGUAAUAGUUGUUGUAUACACAACAAAGACGUCAAGUCAAAAAUUUAAAAUGCGAAGCAAAGAAAAUGGUCUUCGUCUGAUUCUGCUUGUGAUUUACUGUGUCAUGUCUUCUGUGGCACUUAUAUCAAUAGAGAACGGUGGUUACAGGGAUAUCGUUAUUGCACUUCACAGAAAUGUACCCGAGGAUGAGCAGCUGAUAACGAACUUGAAAGAACUUAUCACUGAAGCUUCGAUCUACCUGAACAAGACGACUAAAGGCCAAGCUUACUACAAGGAUAUAACCAUAGCUGUCCCGUCGUCAUGGUCCAGUAAACCAGACUAUGAGACGGUAUCAAAAAACUAUUUUCAUAAUGCAGACGUUAGAAUAGAUCACCAAAAUGUUUACUACCAAAACAAUCCGUAUACUCUCCAACCGGGAGGUUGUGGAGAAUCAGGCCAAUAUAUUCAUCUCACCCCAAAGUUUGUGAAGGAAUUUCAUACAAAAACAUUAGAAAUAUACGAAAAUGCAGAAAGAUAUCUGGUGCAUGAGUGGGCUCAUCUGAGAUACGGAGUUUUCGACGAAUAUGGCUCAUCAGCUGACUCCAACCAUCCACCAUUUUACCAACAAUGUGACAUGAUCGCAAGAUUUUGUGAUCAUACCGAAGACAAUCGACAUAACGUUCUGGCCCCGACAAAGCACAACACGCUAUGUGAAUACCAACCAACCUGGACGGUUAUCAAAAAACAUCCAGAUUUGUCUCAGCAUGCAAGAAAAGUGGCCCCUUUUUCUACAAAACCCAGUUUCCGCAUGGUACGAACAAAGGAUGGAAUCAAUGGGAGGUACGUCCUAAUAAUGGACGUAUCAACAAAUAUGGCGGGAAAACCAAUAAACCUGGUACACCGAGCGGCUACAAGAUUUGUAGAAGAUAUGAUUCCUGACGGUGCUCAACUGGGAGUCGUCUCGUUAAGUUCUAAUGCGAUCAUUCUUCAUAACCUCACUCGAGUCAACGGUACCACUCGUAAGAAUCUGAAAAACAGUUUGCCAUUGACCAUAACACCAGGAACCGCAGCUAUUGGCCGAGGACUAAAUGAGGGAUUAACGGUUUUAAAAUCUCAAGGAGAAUCAGCAGAAGGUGGGAUAAUUAUCUUAGUCACAGAUGGAGAAGAAAAUGCAGACUCGAACGUUAGUGAAAUGCUUCCUAAGCUUAUGCAAGAAAAGGUGACAGUCAAUACCAUUACUUUAGGCAAUAAAGCAACAAAACAGUUGGAAGACCUUAUAAAAUCCACCAGUGGGAAAGGAUUUUUCUUUGCUGAUACUAACGGUCGCCAACUUACUCUUGAUUCUGCAUAUAUGGAUAUCGUUGCUUCUCAAGAAGACGAAGAAUCCCGCCCUAUUCAAAUAGCUGACACCAUUAUUCAACUGAUUAGUCAUGUAGCUGAAAAGAGAAUAUUUUUAGAUAAAGAACUGGGGAAAAAUACUGUUUUCACUUUCGUGAGUCACCAAAUCAGAGAUGUCAUUGUUAUACUAAGAAGUCCAAAUGGACAGAUCUACAACUCGAACAGCUCCGAGUUCACCAAGGACUCUCAAGUCAAACUGAGGAUACUAGUAAAAAUUCCUAAUGCUGAGACUGGACAGUGGAUAGCAGAAAUUAAAAGGAUUGGUGGAUCGUCUGUUGCUGUGGUUUAUUUCUCUUUGUUCUCCGAACCGAAAGAUAUUGUAAUACAACCAAUACGCUUACGGUCUUGGUUAAGUGAAAUUCAACUAACUUACCCUUCUUAUGCUAAAGUGUACGCUGAAGUGAAAAGAGGGUACAGCGCGGUUAUUGGAGCUGCUGUCAAAGCAACGAUUCACCCCCCAACAGGGUCACCAGUUCAUGUCUUUCUUAGAGAUAACGGAGUGGGUCCCGACGUUACUAGCAAUGAUGGAAUAUAUUCGGGUUUUUUAACACAGUUCAACAGUAACGGACGAUACGCAAUCGAAACACACGCCAUCAAUGAAGGAAGUGCAAAAGUAACUCAAGGAAGCAAGUCAUCUUCCCUAAUUCCCAUCACGAAUUCAAAAAACCCAAAAGGUCGUGGAAAAAUAGAUGCCUCAGCAACUUUUCCAAAAGACGAUUUUAUCGUGUACAAGAAAUCAUCACAGUCUAUCACCCCUGGUGGUAAACCAACUGAGAAACCAUUACGGUCUAUGACCUCUGGUGGCGAACCUGCCGAGAUGUUCGAAAGGACUUCGAAUGCUGGCGCUUUACGACUUGACAGUUUCUUUCCCGAAGUUGACGUGAUGCCACCUGCUCGAGUUACAGACUUGAAAAUAAUCUCCUUAGAACAAGAGAACAACAUCAACCUGGUGACCCUAAGAUGGACGUCUCCCGGCGAUGACUUGGAUAUUGGCAAUGCUUCAUCCAUCGACCUGCGAGCAAGUGGCAUAAUGAAAAAUUUGAUUAGUUACUUUCAUGAACUAGACAGUUUUAAUGAGAGCCUCUUAAUAAAAGGUAGCCUCACUCCCCUCCCUCCGGGUGAAGAACAAGAAUUAACAGUGAAAAUUCCUGACACCAUUCAUAACGUAGACGCAAAUAACUGUUCGAUGGAAAGUAAUUAUACAGAUGUUUACUUGUCUUUGAGGGCUCUUGACGAUAGCAAUAACAAGGGUAAGAUAUCUAAUAUAGUUGCCGCUCACUUUAGAAGAGUUCCAAGGACAGAAGACGAGCCUGUUCAAUGGUGGCCUUAUGCAGUCGGUAUUGGGGCAGCUGCCAUCGUGUUCUUUAUCAUUAUUAUAUUCUCCUGUAACAACAAGAGUGAAGUAAAGGAAGUGUACACAGAGUCUUCAAUCGUAAGCUCCGUCUAGGACAUUUUUGAUAUUUGAAAUGUGUGAUAACUGUAGAAAGAAAAUGCUUGAUUAAUGAUACGCAUUGAUCGGUGAUUGGUAAAAUCAGUCUUCGCUAGACUAAGUGUUAUAGUAAAGUGUUAGAGUUAAUGCCUAUUAUAUAGUAUUGUU